AUGUCGAGUGCUGUGACUGGUGUGAGUGUGCGCGAGCGGCAGCGGCGAGCUGUCGUGCAAAUGCUCGGCUCACCAACAACAUGGAAGGUGCUGGUGUAUGAUCGAGCAGGCCAGGCGGUGCUGGCGCCUCUGAUGGGUGUGAAAGAGUUGAGAGAACAGGGUGUCACAUUGCACCGUCUCCUUGGUGCAGAGCGCGACCCGCUGCCAGAUGUACCCGCCGUGUACUUUUGCAAAGCAACAAAGGAAAACAUCCAACUCAUCUGCGAGGAGAUUCGCGCAAACUGCUACGAACGGUAUGAGCUCAACUUCCUGACAACAAUUCCGCGGCUCUUGCUGGAGGAGCUGGCAGAGAUCACGGUUGAGGCUGGCUCAUCUGGCCAGGUCACAAAGGUCUACGAUAUGUACUCCGACUUCAAGGCGCUGGAAGAUGAUUUCUUCACGCUGACGGAGGGCGACGACGACUCGCUCUCCUAUCAGCGGCUCAAUGACCCGACUGUGAGCGACGAAGCGAUGCAGGACGCUGUGGACCGCAUUGUGAACAGCAUUUUCUCCGUCUUUGUCACCAUUGGCGCCAUCCCCAUCAUCAGAUGCUCCCCACGCAACGCUGCGCAGUAUGUGGCCGAGGGGCUGGACAACAAGUUCCGCGAGCACAUACGCAACAAAGGCCACUCACUCUUUGCAGAGAAACACAUGGACGAGACCGGAAGCUUUGCGCGCCCUGUGCUGGUGCUGCUUGACCGGGGGCUUGACAUUCCGACGAUGAUGCACCACACGUGGACGUACCAGGCGCUUGUGCAUGACGUGCACGGCAUGCGCGCGAACAGAACGACGAUUCGCGAGACAGACGAUGAGGGCAGGUCAAAGGUUACCCAUCUCAACAUGGAACGCGAGGAUUUGUUCUGGCACACGAACCGGGGCAAAGACUUCCCAACCGUGACACAGGCCGUCCACGCAGAACUGGCGUUGUGCAAACAGAAGGAGAAGGAAAUCAACGGAACGCUGGAGGCCACAGACGGCACGAGCGCAGCGGGCCUCACAUCUGCCAUCAACAAUUUGCCGGACUUGUUGAAGCAGAAGAGCUAUCUCACCAUGCACGUGAACAUUCUCACGUCGUUGAUGAAGAGCAUUGAGGACCGCAAGUUGGACGACUACUACCAACUCGAGGAGGAAGUGAUGAACAACAAAUCGCUGAGCCGGCCUGUCUUGGAGCUGUUGAAGGAUGAGGAUGCAGGCACAGUCAUGGACAGGCUGCGGCUGUUCAUCAUCCACAUGCUUGACGGGAAGGUGACGGCGGACGAGGCGGGCAGGUGCGAGGACGUGCUGCGGGCACAGGGCUGCUCGCUCGACGCUAUCAACUACAUUCGCAGUCUGCAGGAGAUGCAACGCGCGCACCAGCAGCCAUCCACCGUCCAGCCAAGCCACACGGGGUCGCUGUUCUCGCUCGCGAACAAGACGCUGCAGACGGGCGCAAGCUUCUGGUCAAACAGUGUCAAGGCGCUCGCCCCCACUUAUGGUGAUCUUCCAAUCACACGCAUCGUCGACUCCAUUGUCACUGGCAACAACCCAGACCUCACACAGCACUAUCUGUACUUUGAUCCAAAGCGAUCAAAGUCUGCACGAUCAACGCCGCCAGCAGCACGCAGUCGCGCCGAGCAGGCCUUCGUCUUCAUGGUUGGCGGGGGCAACUACAUUGAGUACCAGAAUCUUCGGGACUACUGCCAGCGCCACGACGACCGCAACAUCGUUUACGGCGUCACACAACUCGUCAACGCGGAGGAAGAGACCAGCAUACCUUGCGUCCGCCCUUGUAUGCUGUGA